UGACGUGACUUUGUUUUGGUUUUUCCGUAGCGUGAAUGUCGUGAAUGUUUCUGCCCUAAAAGUUGCCGUGUUUUUUUUAUAAGUAAAAAGUACACAAAAAGUUGCCCCUCCCGUUUACCAUACCGCCCCCAAGAAUAUGGUCAUCUUGACGAUGGAUUCCGAGGACGAUGAAGAUCUGGACAUCGAUUGGAACAACAUUGAAACGAUCAAAAAGUUCGACUCAGCAGGCUCCACGAAUCUACUGUCCAUCGUGACGCGAACCACUGCCGAGCUGCACAGCAAUGAGCGUUCGCUGCAGACGCGCAUUGCCACGAAAGCGUCCGCGCCGGUCAGCCUGCUGGUGGAGAGCCUGCUGCAGCAGCUAUGUGCCCUGCUCGAGCCGGAUGCGGAGCGGUCGCGCGUUCUAUACAAAACAAUCUGCGACCGGUUGCAUGCGGUCAAUCUGAUCGACGAAACGUACACGAUGGGCGAGUUCGAGAUGAUGCGCAGCCAGUACCAGAAGGCGCUAUACCAUCUCGUUAGCAUUGCCCGGGGGCGCGACCUGCCCGUUGUGCUGCCGGAUUUGCAAGAGUAUUGGCCACUGCCGGCGGGGCUGGAGUGGUCCCGGUACUAUCGGGAGUUUGAGGAGCUUUCGUUCAUUGCCGGCGGAGGGUUCGGCAAGGUUUACCGGUCUCGCAACAAGCUGGACGAUAUUGUGUACGCGGUGAAGAAGGUUACGAUCCGGUCGACCACGAUCAAGAACGUGCUGGUACAUCUGGCGGAGGUGAAAACGUUGGCGAGCUUGAAUCACAUCAACAUCGUACCGUACAAAGCGGCGUGGCUUGAGCCGUUAAUGUCCCCGGGGAAGAACAGCGUUAACAGUACGUCGACAAUGGAUGAAGCGGAUGGAUCGGGCUCUUCGGAGGAAGAAGAGGAGGAUGAGGAUGGAGAGGGAACACGUGAUAUAAGUGACUCGUUGCGCCGACCCGAGCACGAUUCGGACGAGUUUAGCAUCCUGUUUGAAAGGAGCAACGGUGAGGAACAGCAGGAGCAGGAGAGCAGCGAAGAGGCACGAAACCAAAUAGCGGAAGUGGAGGAAACAUCAAGAAGUGUCGUCAGCAUUGAAGAGUCCCAGGCACACAUUAAUCUGAAGUGGGCAACACUUUACAUUCAGAUGACGCUGUGCCACUUGACACUGCGCGAAUGGCUCGAUCAGCGCAACGCUACCGACAACUUUACCCAAUUCUAUGCCGAUUUCUUGCACAACCGCUUGCACAACGAGCUGGGCAUUGUAAACUCAAUCCCGCGGAAUUCGUUCUGUCGCCAAAGCUCACAGAUUUCCGACACGACCAACACCGACAGUGUGCUUUUCGAUAGAGAAUCGCCAGUCCGCCGCAAUUCGGAACCCUCCAAAGAUGACUCGCUGACCGACGGGCACGUGCAGCACCUUGACAUCGUGAUCGACGUCUUCCAGCAGCUGCUCAACGGGCUCAACUACAUUCACUCCCGCGGCAUCGUUCACCACGACAUAAAACCGAGCAACAUUUUCGUAAGCCUUUCGCACCACGACUCCAAGCUGUGCAUCCAACUGGGCGAUUUCGGCCUAGCUUGCCCCCUGCAAAGCUCCCACGUUGGCGUUGGCUUCGGUACACCGCUCUACGCCGCACCGGAACAGCUUGCCGGGCAAUGCGACCCAAAGUCGGACAUCUACUCGCUUGGCAUCAUACUGCUCGAACUGCUCGUACCGUUCUCCACUGACAUGGAGCGGGCGGAAACGAUCAAACAGGUACGGCGCGGCAUAUUUCCACCCGGUUUGGAUCGUGACUUUAUCGCGCUGCUGAAGAGCUUGCUGCAGUUGCAGCCCGCCAAACGGCCCGGCAUGCAGGAUCUGGUCGAAGCGGUCAAUCGGAUUCGAAUCAAUCGCGAUCGGGUAAUUUCGGAGCUGCGCCGCAGCUUGUCGCUGCGGGAGGAGGAGAUCGCCUGUUUGCGCACGCAGAUCGACGAGCAGCAGCGUGCUCAGCACGAGACGGAGGAGGAGCGGACGCUGCUGGAGCAGCGUACCACGCGGUCACUGAUCGUGAAGGAGCAGGAGCUGAUCUACAUGAGCAUGGAGAUGCAGAACAAGGAGAUUCAGCUGCGCAGCAAGGAUAUGGAGCUGCGCAGUAAGGACGAGGAGAUCAAGAAGCUAAAGGAGAUGCUUCGCUCGUACCAGGAGCGGGAAGAGAAGGCACAACACCAACAGCAACAGCAGGACCUACAAGAUGUGAGCAAACGACCGUAAGCGACCUUGCCUUCAUCCUACUUUUAUGGUUGCGACGGUAACAGUAGCUCGCUGGGAUAUUUAAGCAAUGGGAAGUUUCGUUAAAUUAUUAGUGUGCCCAAGCAUCCUAUAGGCAAAAGAAGACUUACUUUUAGUUUAAGGUAGGCAUGUGUGAUACGAUGGCGUCAAUAAAUUGCUCAUUCAAACAAUUUUUCAA